AGUCUGACAGAGUGAGUAAGAGAGCAUGUGUGUCUGUAUAUUUAUGUGUGUGUGAGAGAGAGAGGGACUCUGCAAAAUAGCCAAGAUGAGAGUGAGAAGCAGUGAGAGGGAAAACCUGGGGAAAAAAAACAACUAAUCAGACAGAGGGGGGAGGGAGGGAGUCAGCGAACACAGCAAAAAGGCAGAGCAGGGAAGAAGAAAGAGAGUUAAAGGGGAAUGUGAGCGUACAAUCAUUGAUGGUUCAGGGCACUAAAGUCAGGAGAAAUGCAAUGACUAGAUGACUAUCCACUCCACUUGCACCAGAAUCCUUUCCUGGAGCCUUGACAGGAGAAAAAAAUACACACUCAGUCAAAGGUAAACAGUCUUCAGCCAGUCCCACAAUUCUGGAUCAUGUCAUCUACUGGCUCGACAAACCACAACAAGCGUCUGGCGUCUGAAAAGGACAAUUCCCAAAGUUUGUACAACAAUGAUUCUGCUCAGCACAUGAAGUUAAGAGACAGGCAACGGUUCUUCGAAGAUGUCUACCAGCAUGAUGUGGACAACUACCUGCCCUCUACACACCUACAGGUUGACUACAGGAAACCCCCGAUGGGCAGUAUUUCAUCUAUGGAGGUGAACGUGGACACUCUGGAGCAGAUGGAUCUGAUGGAUAUAUCAGAUCACGAAGCCCUUGACGUGUUCCUCAACUCAAGCUCAGUUGGUGAUGAAGGAGCCCUAACGUCUCCACUACCAGUUAUAGAUUGUGAGGACGAUGAUGAAGAUGAAGCGGAUGAAGAAGCAGAAGUUGUCUACAGGGAACGAGCACCAUUGCAAAGGCAAAACGAAGUCUACCGUGGAUCCCAGUCUCGAUUUUCUUCAACAUCAUCUGGUUCCAGUGUUACCAGUGCAGGCGGAGCCGACACACCAGUGAUCCAGUCCGAUGAUGAAGAAGUACACGCCGACACUCUGCUGCUAACCUCUGUUCCCAAUACAAGAGAUGAAGAAACAGAGGAAGAAGAUGAAGAAGAACGAUGCUUUUCAACAACCCAUCAAAAAGACUGAAUAUUUCUGCUUCCCCCUGUGCAUAUGCAUUCUUUUUUUAAUAAGCUCAAACGCCCCGCAUGUUUGGGUCAACUGUGAUUACCUUUGUCCUUUAGAUUGUGAAUUCUUUAUUAUACUAAACACCUUUACUUUACAAGCUCUGUGGCACAUUCAUUUGAUAGUUUCUUGGCAGUUGUGUCAGAACACGUUUAUAUCAAUACAAUGAGUAAAUCUUUUCGUCUGAACUUGUUCGUAAAACAAGUUCAGUUUUACUCCUCAAUUUGCCAGGGGGGAUCCUUGUGGCUUAUAUUUUUUAUUAUUGAAGGCUCAGAUUCUCAACAGAUGAAGAAAGAACUAAAAACAAGAUCCCCACUUGGUCAAAAUUUAAGUAGGCCACAUGACCUAAUUGAAACCUGAGAUGCACAGGUUGACUCUAUGUAAGAAUUAGGUUUACUACAGCUCUGUUUCAAAAACAUGAAACUCAUUAUGAGAUGUAAAAAGAAAACAUAUCUGUUUUUUGAGAGAUACAGAAAACAAAUUAAAACAAGUAAGUCGAAGAUCUGGUCAUGAACGAAAACAGUUCCACUAUACUUUUAAUGGAAAGCGUGUCACAAAAGAGGCCAAGAAAUAAAGCUAAUAACAGACUGCUUUUGUAAGAUAUCCAGUAAUAAAAUCACACACCACAGUAUUAAAGUAUUAAAGUAGUGUCGCAUACCACAGUAUUUUACUCAAGCGUAAAAGCCUCUGUUGAUCCUGCUCAUGGAUUUUCUUUUUAUUUCAUGUUAUUUAAGACAAAUUCUUUUUAAGUUUGGUGGAUCAUUUGCCAUGUAUUUAGAAUACAUGGCAAAUACAUAUAAUACACAGUACCAGGAUUAUGCAUCAAACCUGAGUACUAUUUUUUAUGCUCUUCUUUUUGCAGUUCUCUUUGCAAACAUCAUCUCCAAACGGGAGUUACAGAAUUCCACGAGUACUUGCACAUUGACUUUCAUUGUGUUUAACUCUUGCAUUAUAAGAUUUGUAGUUAAUCCAUAAAGAUUAAAAGUGUCAGAUCUUUGCUUGAAGAGCUCAGAGAGUUCAAUGAAAACAAUUUCAGUUUGAGGUUAAGCCGUGCAUUUUUUUAGGAACUGGGUUUUGUUAGCAGAAACUGAAAAACAGAAAAGGAGCAGGCCGUAACUGGAUUUUGUUAUGUUACAAAAACAUGCCAAAAUACUGUUUUAGUGACAAACAUGAGUGAGUGGGAAAUAUAUUAGGUUAAUUUUCUUUUUCAAUUUAAAAUAUUUUAAUUUAAAAAAUCCCCAGCCAAGAAUCAGGGAGUGUUGCAUGUUGCACAAUGGUACAUUUGUCAGCACUGUUGCCUUGCAGCAAGAAGAUUCUUGGUACACAUCCAAAUCUAUAGACUUUGCUUUUUUUUCCCUCUCUGUGCAUAACUGAUUUCUCGCUGGGCUAGUGUAACUUUCUCACACAAUUGUGUACCCCGCCUUUCUACCAGUGACUGCUGGAGAUAGGCAGAUGGGCGCCCUGCAAGGAUAAGAGGGUAAAGAUUGCUCCCCCACCCCAUAAAGAGGUCCACAUUUACAGUCCUCAAUUUCUUGUCCAGCAUAUACACAAGUUAAAGAGAAAUAUUAUGUAAAAUUGACUUUUUGAGCUUUUCAUCGUGUUCUAAUGUUAUUCAUUGAAACAACUUUAGAUUAUAUAGUUACUUAUGUUAUAUGCUUAAUGACCCCUUUAACAGUUAUCAAGGUAUUUUUGUACAAAAUAGUGACUUGGUACUGAAGUACAGAGUGAAAAGUAAUUAAUACAGUUGCUCUACUGUGGUGCUGUUAUCCUGCUGACCCACACAAUCCUUCAGACUCACAGAUUUUGGUCAUCAAGCCAGGUGGUUGUGAAGAGCUCCACCUGUGUCUUCUGGAGUUGUCGACAUAGUAAUUUUUGGGGUCAUCUGUGUUGUGAUUCCCUUCGAUAGAUUUUCCAUCAUGCCAAUCAGCAAACAGAACCAUAAGUUUUGAACGACGAUGUCAAUUUUCUGCCCUAUUUUAGAACUGUAGUCUGACUGUAGUUUUAACAAUAGCAGCUUAGGAAGUGACUGAAGCAGUUCAGUCUUGUUGGCCCUGCUUCCACAUAUUGAAUUAACAUUAACAGCCCUGCGGUUCGAAUCGGCACUUCUGUUUUCGCAGUGGAGGAGGGUUGUUUACAACAGAGGGUUUUUCUGGUAAGCUCUAUAGUGUGGAACUGACCCACUGCACAUAUCAUAGCAACUGGGUAAAAUUUAAAACAGGAAGCAAUUGUUUCUCAUUAGACGAAAGCCCAGACCCUAUAUGAAGCAAAUAGUGUAGGACAAGCGGCUGCUUCUUACCAAGCUUUCCGACUAUAAAAUGAAAACCCAAAAAAUACACAUCUGCUUUUCUUUCUUAAUCAGCAGUUUUGAAGUGGUGAUUUUACAUCAACCCCUGAUGACAGAAAUAAAAUCUGUAAAGUUUCUUCUGUUUGCAUGAAGAAAGUAUUUUGAACAUUAUGAAUGAAAUGUUUUUUUUUUUUGCAAAUGCCUGGCCUUAUGUUCUUGUAGAUGUAUGCUUAUAUGGUCUUAGUACUUUCUAAAAUAUGCUGGUAAUGCCUGUGUGAAAUAUUCUGUCUCGUUCUCCGUGUAUUGUUAAAGGAGAGGCCUCCAUAUUUACGGUGUGAACAGAUGGAGAAAAAAAUGGCACACCUAAGAAGAGAUUUAUGUGCUUGUGUUCUGUGUUAAAUUUAUUUUGUAAAUGCAUAAAGAUGUCAGUGCUGCAGCACAACAGUAAAGCUGUUAAUAAAGCAA